GGGCCUGUGUACUGCGUUGCCAACUCUUACACAUCUGGCAUGACACUCAGACUUUGACAUUCUCAUGAUCUUAUGGCAAAUUAUAUUAUUCCAUUAUAAACCUAAAAUUAGUUGUAUCAAAAGCGUUGGGGUAGUUUGUAAAACCCUACAGGCUAUUUACAAGAAUGAGCAGUGCGCAGGGGUGGCACCGCGCUGGAGGCAGAGGCUCCCCCUGAUGGGUCUCCGAAGUCAGUCAGUUGGGGACUUGGCAGCAUCCACAGGCGCAACAGGAGUUACGCCGCUCUGCAGCUAAACUUGCCAGAAGUUACGCGGAAAGCGGAGAAAGUUUGUAAUUUCAAUCCUUUCCGGUGUGGUUGGACACCUCACAUUCAUCUACUUCAUUGUUUUUCAAAACGUCCUUAUUUUUUUUCUUUUAAUUUCAUAGAAAUGAAGCGAAACACGGCGGGGAAACUUUUGCGACGCAUCAAUGUGCUGAAUGUAACCUUCAUAUACCUAUGCUGUGUACCGAACUACACCGACGCAUACAAUUUGGAUGUAGAAAAUUACUUAUCCAUCUCUGGUCCAAACGGAUCAUUUUUUGGAUAUUCCGUGCUGCUUCACGAGAAUGCCAAUGGAAAAUGGGUGAUAGCGGGAGCUCCUGUUGCUGCGUCCAAGUUUCAUCAGCAAGCCAGCAAUCCUGGCGCUAUUUACAAAUGCAAAAUCCCAGAGAAGACCUGUGAACAGAUAUACCUAGAUGUCAGUAACUGUGGGAAGACUUGCUCUCCGGAAAAUGACAACCAGUGGCUUGGCGUGAGUUUGUCGAGACAGCAGAGCAGUGGAAACAUUUUGGCAUGUGGACAUCGUUGGAAAAAUGUCUUCUACACCAAAAAAGAGAAUCACAACAAGCUACCACACGGUGUUUGCUACAAACUGGAUGCUGAUUUGGGGAAAUAUGUUCAGUUAAUUCCCUGCUACAAUGACCACCAACGGGAAUUCGGCAAACAUUACGGAUCCUGUCAAGUUGGAAUAUCAAAUUUUAUGACUGAGGACUUAAUCGUAAUGGGAGCGCCGGGAUCAUUUUACUGGACCGGCUCCGUUUUAGUCUAUAACAUGUCAAGCCAGAUCAUGUCAGCGUACUUGGAUGAUGAUGGCGUCGUUCUCCAUGGAAGCUACUUAGGUUACUCCGUGGGUGCUGGCCACUUCACUAACCCCAGUACCAUCGAGAUCGCGGCCGGGGCUCCACAGCACGAGCAGACCGGUAAAGCUUACAUAUUCCAGGUGGAGUCCAACCUGCUGAAGAUUCUCUUCGAGAUGACCGGCCAUAAGCUGGGCUCCUAUUUUGGCGCCAGCGUGUGUGCGGUUGACCUGAAUUCAGAUGGACUCUCGGACCUUCUGGUGGGGGCGCCGAUGUUCAGCACCAUCAGGGAGGAAGGGAGGGUGUACGUCUACAUAAACCAGGGCGCUGCGAAGAUGAAGGAGGCAGAGUUUCUGCUAACAGGAAGUGACUCAUAUGCCUCUCGCUUUGGGGAAACCAUCACCAACUUAGGAGACAUCGAUGACGAUGGUUUCCCAGACGUGGCCAUCGGAGCACCGCAGGAGGAUGAGCUGCGUGGGGCUAUUUAUAUCUACAAUGGCAGGAAGAGUGGAAUCUCCGAGGCGUACUCCCAAAAAAUUACUGGAGCUGUCCUGGGGGCUCACUUCAGCAUGUUUGGCCAGUCUGUUUCCGGGGGCGUUGACAUCGACAACAAUGGCUACCCAGAUGUUGCCGUGGGGUCCUUCCUGUCUGACUCAGCUGUGGUGCUGAGGACGCGACCUGUGGUGAUCGUGGAGGCCUUGGUGUUGCUUCCCCCAAGCAUCAACCGCAGCGUGCCGCUGUGCCACGACCAUGGCCAGCUAGCAGUGUGCUCCAACAUCACAGUCUGCUUCAGGGUGCAGGGCAAACAAAUUCCUGGCAGCAUAGGAAUGCUGUAUAACUUGACUGCGGAUGUCAAGCACAGGGAAGGAUUCCCCAACCGCUUCUACUUCCUGGAAAAUGGAACCUCCAAUACCACCACUGGGAAGGUCCUCGCUCGGCUCAACCAUGUGUCCUGCGUCACCCACACGGCCUACAUGAGGAGAGACGUCAGGGACAUCUUCACACCCAUCUAUUUUGAGUUGAAGUACGAGUUGGGAAAGCACAGUGUUCCUAGGGAAAGAGUCACGACUCUUCCAUACCUGAAGCCGGUACUGCAGCAGCGGGGAAAGGAGCACAACCAAGUCAGGAACAAGACUGAAUUUGCCCGUUACUGCGCUUGGGUCAACUGUUCGACCAACCUGCAGGUUUCGGCCAGGCUGGUGCUGCCUCACUCCCACCAAAACAUGCCGUACUUCGCGCUGGGGACUGGAAAGACCAUCAUGCUAAAUGCGACACUGGCCAACCUAGGAGACGAUGCCUUUCUGCCAAUGCUUCACCUAAGGUUACCCAGCAACCUUUACUUCAUCAAAGUUCUGGAAGCGGAGGAGAAACAUGUGAGCUGUGAGAGCCUGGAGGACGACAAGGGCACUGUGGACUGCAGCGUGGGAAACUCGUUCCUGAACUCCUUGGCUAAGCUCAACAUCAGCUUUCUGCUGGACGUCAACCAGAGUAGCAGUGCCGGUGACCUCAACAUCACUGUAACUGCGACUCGGGAUAACGUUGAAAAUGAAGACCUUCUAUAUGAUAACACUGCCACCGUGACAUUACCGCUCAGAUAUGGUGUUGACCUAAACAUCCAUGGCAUUGUCUCCCAGCCAAGCUUUGUGUUUGGUGGCCCAGAGAGAAUCGACUGUUCUACAAAGAAGUUCAACUACACAUACAAGGUUAUCAGCGUUGGUCCCAGCAAAGCUGUAGGGGCCAGAGUUCAGAUUGAUAUACCCAAAAAUUUAGCGCCGUAUAACUACCGAUUGCUCAAUAUUGUGGAUUUACAGACGUCUGUUGGAUGGUGUUACAUUGGGGACACAGAUAAUGGAAGUGCCCUCACCUGUGAUGUACCCCAGCCGAACGUACUGGAGGAGCUGGUGUUUUUCUUCUCGAAAAUAACGAAACGACAAAUGUACUGCAUGAAACCCGACCACCUGUGUCUCCAAGUUGUGUGCGAGCUUGGAGACCUCGACGUGGGGAAAGACGUGACCAUUCAGAUGGAGGUGGAGCUCAAUCCCGACGUGCUCCAGGUGUCCCCGGGCAGACAUGGAAUAAUGCAGCUGGAGAGCACUGCCGUAGCCUGGCCUGAGAGUCCCUACGCAGUGUUCCUGACUCAGACUGCCUUCACCAAGAUUGUGUUGGAAGCCCAUUACAGCCAGAGACCACGUGAGGACCUGUCCAUGUUCAUCAUUGCCUCAAGCCUGACAGCUGGGCUCCUCAUUUUGGCUGUGCUCAUAUACGUCAUGUGGAAGGCUGGAUUCUUCAGGAGAGAGUACAAAGAGAAGCAAGAGGCAUUUGAAAGGGAGAGCUGGGACUUUGUACAGAAGAGUUCAGAAGUUUAUUAAAUGGGAAGAUGUCGGGCUCAAAAGCAGCAAACGGAAACGGAAGUGGUCAAAGAAUAAAGUGAAGGGGAAUCCAGGUACAGCUGCAUGUUUCUGAAUCGCAAACGAAAACCAUCCAAAGCCUCGUGCAAACUUUGCCCUGCACUGUACCCGCUGAUCAAAGACACGGACUCCAGAUCGACCACCCUCCUCUCUCCGUCCUGCGGAAUGGACCGCACCCCGUCGAAAGUCAAGUUUUCUAUACUGGGGGGAUGCGUGGAGUGCACUUUACCUUGCCAUUAGGCCUACCACACCUUGGAGUGGUCAGACAUUACCAUGCAAGAUGAUAACACACUUGCUGGUGAGGGGGGGGCGCGUUGACCAAUGACGGCAUGCCGUUCUCGCCACAGAAAAUGCAUCGUCGACGCUUUUGAUUCUGAAUGCAAAAGCGAGUACAUCCCUGUUUUUACAUAUUCACAUGUAAAUAUUUGUGAAAUACCAUAUACAUAUAUAUUGUUAUGCAUAUGAGUGUUCAGCCUGCAGCGGACUGAUAUUUUACCCAGGAUAUCCCACAUGCUGCUGGGACAGGCUGCAGGACCACCGUGACCCUGUACUGGAGAAGUGCCUAAGAGCGAUGAAUAGAUGGAGCUAUGUAUAUAGAGGUGCAAUACUUUUUAAGGACCAGUUCAAUAACUUUGUUCUGACUUGUAGCUCUUAUCAUGUAGUAUUUCAAAUGCCCUAAAACCCAGUUAAUAUGGUGCUGUAAAGGUCAGGUCAUUCAUCUCCCUUGUAUUCAUUUAUUGAUGUAAAAGUGUUUUUAUAUAAUUCCAGGAAAACAAUCUGCACAGUCAAUGAAGUGUUUACUGACAAUUUGACUCAGGAUACCUACAUUUUUUUUUCAUGUACACAGAAACAGUGGCAGAUUAGACUGCAAUCUUUUUGCUUGAAGCAGUGCAUUGAAAUUCGAAGUGUGCCACUACUGUAUGGUGUUUUUUGUUUGUUUUUUUCGCUAAUCAAGGUGACUUUGUAGCCUUAUGUGUGGCUGCCUGCCAUCCAGUCCACCAGGGGGCAGCGCCUACACUGUUGCUCCUUUAAUUUGUCACACUCAACAGUAUCACACCACUCUGCAGAUACCCUCGUCCUGCCGGCAGCCCACAAAGGUCUGACUGUUUCUGUUAGGACUGUUAUGAAGAUGAAAUUUUGUGUGUUUUUUUUUUUUUGUAUUUUCUGAGCCCCAAAGUGAAAACCUCUACGUAGAAUAUCACAAAAUUAGUGUUUACUGCAAAAGUUGAUUAGAACAGCUGGAUGAAUGCAAGACACUCCGUUGCUGUAUCAUACAACUAAUAUGUUUAAAGCUUUGUUCUAAUGACACUAAACAUUAGAAAAGCUUUAAAAAAUAAAUCCAUAUACUGCCACUCAGGGAGUGAAAAGGUAUACAUAUGCAAGUAAUAACUUACAAUAAGCGUACAAGAAAAAAUACAUUCCAAAAUGUUUUUUUUUCUAAGAAAGGCAUGAAAUAUAAAUUUAAAGUCUGACCUAUAUGUAAAAAAAAACAUCUUGCAUUUUCUUGUUAUCAUAAUUGCUUUGGUUUAAUUUAAAUAUUCUACACUGGAAUGUACAAAACAGACUGUAAUUUGGAUUUCAUACAGAAAAAAAAAUCAUCUAUAUAAAGAGAAUGUUUUUGUGAAUUACACUGAA